GUCUCUCCCGUGAAAGCGGCACUCAAAUUCACGUUCUCUUCUUACUUCUUCUUCUUCGAGGCUCUAUGCCACAAGUGAGCACAAUAUCUCAUUUCAUAAAUAUCUGGGACUGGGAAACAAAAAAAAUCUCACCUCAUCAGUCCGAUAAAAACGCAUAAUCUUUCCUUCAUUGUCCCUUUUCAUUACUUUUUCCCAGUGAAAAUAUCACCCUACACAAAUUGAAUGAUAGUCCUUCGUUACAGUUUGGCUCUUCGAACCCAACAAACGCAUGCGGCUUUCACAUAUUUCAAUUUUCCUUAAAUUUUUUUGUCCGCUUGGCUUAACUUAUAGCUUCUGAGUGGAGCAACGUUGAUUUUUUCCUCUCAGAUUCUCAGCUGUUUUUUUUUUUCGUUACUGGCUAUCUUAGGAAGGUAGAAAUUGAAAAUUUUCAUCUGGGUCUGAUCCGAAUUGGGAGAUAAUGGCCAACCUGGGAUUGUUUGUUGGGACCAAAUGCGUGAAUGUGAGAUUCAGACUACCAUAUUAUACACAAUGGGGUCAAAGCUUGGUGGUUUGUGGGUCUGAACCUGUGCUUGGUGCGUGGAAUGUGAAGAAGGGUCUGUUACUGAGUCCUGUUCGUGAAGGCGAUGAGCUUCUUUGGUGUGGGACUAUUGCGAUUCCUAAAGACUUUGUAAGUGAAUACAGUUACUAUGUGGUGGAUGAUAAUAAAAAUGUGCUGAGGUCCGAGAUGGGAAAGAAGCGUAAAUUGUUACUGCCUGAGGGAAUUCAAGAUGGUAUCUUAUUGGAGUUGCAUGAUCUUUGGCUGAUUGGUGCUGAUGCACUUUCUUUCACAAGUGCCUUCAAAGAUGUCAUAUUCCGCUCAAGGUGCACACUUAAGGUACAAAGGCAUCUAGGAUUAAUUAAGAAUAAAUUGGACAAUGAAGAUUCUGUUAUUGUUCAUUUCAAAAUCUGCUGUCCAAAUAUAGAAGAAGACACAUCAAUUUAUGUUAUUGGUAGCUCCAUCAAGCUGGGGCAAUGGAAGAUUGACGGUGGACUUAAACUGAGCUAUUCUGGGGAAUCAAUCUGGCAUGUGGACUGUGUGUUGCCAAAGUCUCAUUUCCCAAUAAAAUAUAAGUACUGUAAAUACAGAAAUGCAGGAAACUUUUCUUUGGAAACUGGUUCUACUCGAGACCUCUCUCUUGAAUCUUCAAAUGCGAAACUAAGAUAUGUAGUCCGUUCAGAUGGCAUGUUGCGAGAAACGCCUUGGCGGGGUGCUGGUGUUGCAAUCCCCAUGUUUUCUAUUAGAUCAGAAGCUGAUCUUGGAGUUGGAGAGUUUCUUGACCUAAAGUUACUAGUUGAUUGGGCUGUCGAGUCAGGGUUCCAUCUCGUUCAACUUUUACCAAUUAAUGAUACUUCAGUUCAUGGAAUGUGGUGGGAUUCAUAUCCCUACAGCUCACUUUCAGUGUGUGCUUUGCAUCCUUUGUACUUGAGAGUCCAAGCACUUUCAGGGAGCAUACCUCAGGAUAUUAAGGUAGAGAUUGAAAAGGCAAAAGAACAACUAGAUGGCAAGGUUGUCGAUUAUGAAGCCACCAUGGCCACUAAACUUGCAAUUGCCAAGAAAGUUUUUGCACUAGAGAAGGAGUUGAUACUUAACUCCAGUUCCUUUCAGAAUUUUUUUUCUGAGAAUGAGGAUUGGUUAAAACCAUAUGCAGCCUUCUGUUUUUUGCGUGACUUCUUUGAAACAUCAGAUCAUAGCCAGUGGGGUCGCUUCUCUUAUUUUUCAAAAGAAAAGCUUGCGAAACUCGUCUCUAAGGACAGCUUGCACUAUGAUGUUAUCUGCUUCCAUUAUUAUAUUCAAUAUCAUCUACACUUACAGUUGUCAGAAGCUGCAGAUUAUGCGAGAGAAGAAGGAGUAAUAUUGAAAGGAGACCUACCUAUUGGUGUUGACAGAAACAGUGUAGAUACCUGGGUUUAUCCAAACUUGUUCCGCAUGAACACAUCUACAGGAGCUCCUCCAGAUUAUUUUGACAAAAAUGGACAGAAUUGGGGAUUUCCUACUUAUAAUUGGGAGGAAAUGUCAAAAGAUAACUAUGCUUGGUGGCGAUCUCGUUUAACACAGAUGGCAAAAUACUUCACUGCUUACAGAAUUGAUCAUAUAUUGGGCUUCUUUAGGAUUUGGGAGCUACCGGAGCAUGCUGUGACUGGACUAGCAGGAAAAUUCAGACCUUCCAUCCCUCUAAGUCAGGAAGAAUUAGAGCAAGAGGGAAUAUGGGAUUUUGAUCGCUUAAGCAGGCCAUAUAUUAAGCAGCAAUUCUUACAGGAUAAGUUCGGAGUUUCUUGGCCUGUUAUUGCUUCAACUUUUCUGAAUGAAUAUCAGAAGAACCGAUAUGAGUUCAAGGAAGACUGUAACACAGAGAAAUGGAUUGCCUUCAAGCUCAAGUCACUUUCAGAUAAGUUUUUAUUAGAGAAUGAGAAUAAGACACGGCUUGAUCUCUUUGAUCUUCUACGGAAUAUCGUUCUUGUUAGAGAUCCAGAUGAUCCAACGAAAUUUUAUCCCCGCUUCAAUCUAGAAGAUACUUCAAGUUUUCAGGAUUUGGACGAGCACAGCAAAAAUGUUCUGAAAAGAUUGUAUUAUGACUACUAUUUCCAUCGGCAAGAAACUCUCUGGCGGCAGAAUGCUUUGAAGACUUUGCCGGUUCUCCUGAACUCAUCAGAUAUGCUUGCCUGUGGGGAAGAUCUGGGUCUUAUUCCUUCUUGUGUUCAUCCUGUUAUGCAAGAACUAGGGUUAAUAGGUUUACGCAUCCAACGCAUGCCCAAUGAACCUGGUUUGGAGUUUGGUAUUCCUUCUCAAUACAGCUACAUGACGGUGUGUGCUCCAUCUUGCCAUGACUGUUCGACCAUGCGUGCUUGGUGGGAGGAAGAUGAUGAAAGACGACGACGAUAUUUUAAAACUGUUGUUGGCUCUUACAUGUUGCCGCCGGAUCGAUGUGUUCCUGAAAUUGCACAUUUCAUCAUAAAGCAACACGUCGAUGCUCCAUCAAUGUGGGCCAUUUUCCCGCUUCAGGAUUUGUUGGCUUUGAAGGAAAAAUACACAACGCGACCUGCAGCAGAGGAAACUAUCAAUGACCCUACAAACCCUAAGCAUUAUUGGAGAUUCCGUGUUCAUGUGACCUUGGAAUCUUUGAUCAAGGAUAAUGAACUGAUAACAACCAUCAAAGAUCUUGUACGUGGGAGUGGAAGGUCAUAUCCUGGGGGACAAACCGAAACUCAAGCAAAGCAGGAAUUAUCAGUUUCCUCCACAGAGAAGCAGCCUGUUGCCAAUGGGAAGGAAAAGAUCCCUGUAGUAUCACAAGGAGCUCCACAGAAAGAUCUGGCUGUUGGCUGAUGCUAACUUGGUGAAUCCUAUUUCUUGCAUUGCUAAACCUCAAUAAAUACCGUCAGAUUGAACAACAGUAGUUGAAUAGAAUAAUUGUUCAACCUAGGUGGGUUCUGAAAUUGAUUUCCGUUCUAGCAGCACGUGAAGAAAAAUAUAAUAAAACGCCAAAAAGAGACUAGAAAUCUUUUGAAAUUAAUAAUGACCCUAUCUGUAAUGGCAUUCUUUUUUACACGAGAUUACUUGUAUCCGCAUGCUUAUGAUUUGGUUUCAUAUUUUCAUUUUGAUUCUUCA